AUGCAUCAGAUGGGCCCACACGCUCCGGCUAUCCCACCACGCAACAAAAAUCGCCCGGUUUACACUGGGACCUCGCCUGAAUUCACCGCCUUUCCUCCCGCUCAAAGUCCUACCUCGCCGAUCCGUGCACGUUCUCCUCUUCAACACACUUCGCCACCCGCGAACUUAUCCAGCGCCACACCGAACGCUACUGUACCACAGUCCUUCGACAUACCACAAAGUGCAUCAUCGCGGCAUGAUGCAUCCCACGUGCCUCCGCCCUGGGGCUUACCUAUCCCAUCCCCCAACCUUUCCGAAACGACGCGCGACGAGAACGCGUUUCCUCGCACGUCGGUCCGAUCUUUGCGCUUCUCGGACGAUCGCGGGUCUUUGUCCGACUCAUCUCAAUCGUCGCUGCAACAAGGGGCGUCUACUUGGCAAAGGCCCGGUGGUUCCUUUGAGGGGCGGAGCCGCGUCCCCGAAGGUGCUUAUACCAUCUAUGCACCCGCGCCACCAUCUGUCGUGCGCAGCGUCCCGCGUCAUUCGAGUCGCUCUCGCACUUCAGGGUCAACUUCCGACCAAGAUGGAUCCUCCUUCAUGACAAAGAGCUCAACGGCCUCUGUGAUCAUGAACGAUCAAACGGAUCCCGGGGACGCAAAUGCUUUGUCCACAAAGUCUUCUCUACCGCUCUAUAUCGAGCCUCAGGCGCCAAGUACGAAUCGCUCAUAUGGCUCAUCAGAGACAAAAGCCCCGGUGUUCCCGGCGUCGUCGCCCACCGACAUAUCUCUGCCAAGUCAGCCUCCUUUGCCAGCCCGGCCCGUGCCACCCACACCAGCACCGCCCUCGACUGACAACGGAUCCGCAACAUCCCCGCACUCCGAUGCCGAAACUCGUCCUGAUCCCACCAACAAGAAGAAAGAGAAGCGACUCUUUUUCCUCAACUUGCCUAAACGAAAUAGCGAAAGCAAGCUCCGGGACCUUGUAGGGUCGAAAAAAGAGCCGCAUGACGUAUCAUCUACCCCUUCCAUCACAAAAGAGACACUACUCACCAAAGACUCUAUGCCCCCGUCGCCAAAGACCGUACCCGUAUCAGCGCCACCAGGCUCUGUAUCUGAAGAUGAGACUUUGAUCGCAUCUCGCCGUCUCGCAUUCGCUCCUGCCCACGCAAACAGUCCAUGGGCUCCCUCAGAAGUUGUGCAUACACAGCGCGAGUCCCAUGCGUCUGCUUUGGAGGUCGUUCAAGUCACACCGCCAAAGUUCAAAGAAACCCGCCACGCUUUUGAUGCGCAGAGUCCAUCCAAGUUGCCGACAGAGGCAUGGACCUUUGCACCCUCAGCAUCGGCCCUACAAGCUGGGCAUGAUGCUGAGCUUGACGAGCGGCGCAUGCCGUGGGCCGUGUCAGAGUCACCGUGGCCGGUUGAUAACAACGUGCCUUUCGAGUUGGAAGAGGUGGAAACAGUUCAGCCGGUCACGUCUCUACCCAUUCUUUCACACGCAGACUCUGCAGCUCAAGAGGCCGAGGUAUCUAAAGAUCUCCCCGUGGUGCCGCCCACGGAGGCGAACGACGUCUCCUCCAAAAUGACUGAGGCAUCCAGGGUCUCCCCCAAGACAGUGGAAACGACCAAUGAAUCACCCGCCAAUACGAAAGAAAACGCCAACAUAAUCCCAUCGAACAUCAGCCAAGAGCCAAACGAUCUGCCCGCUCCGGCAGCGGGUGAGGUGCCUACGUCCAAAGACACUCUCGAAGAGACGACGCAUAAUGCCGUGACACAAACUGAUGCUAAUGCCAGUGAAGCAACGAUGCCUGAACGUACUGUUGACGGUGCGGCGCCGGAUUCAUCUGCUGCCCCUGCGACAGAUGCAUUUGCCACAGAGCAAGCACCAAAAGAUCAGGAAAAAGAAGAUUCGACGCUGGAGCACUUGGCCGAAACGAUUCCACCAGCAUCUACAGCAGGAAUCGCCGCCGAAUCCGUGGGAAUAAGAACUUCGGAAGAAGUAGACAGAGCCGAUGUAUCUGACACCGGGGAACGUACUGAGAAAGAAGCAGCCCCUGAUGGUGUGUCUGAAGCCACAACUACGACAAAUGCUCAAGAUGCUGCCGAAACUUCGCAGACUGACACUGCCCAGGCGGAUCAGUCAUCCGAGUCUAUGCCAGGUGCCUUGCCACCAAAAUGCGUGCCAUGCGAUUCGACCACAGAGACUCCAAUACACUCUGCGCCCGACAUUCCGCCGCCUAUUGCACCCGAACAAACAGAUGCCGUGCCCAAACCAUGUCUCGUGAUCGAAUAUUGUGAUCGUUGCAGAUGGAUGCACCGUGCUAUUUGGCUCCAGACUGAACUGCUGAUUACUUUUUCUGAAAAAGGUGCGCUCGAUAAUGACGCGCCGAAAGCAUCAGGCGGCGGGUACUUGGCAUCUUCCAUGUUGGUCCCACAAGCCAAGCCCGAAACGGCUGGUCGUUUCCGUGUUUGGCUCGUUUUGGCAAAUGCUGUCGAGCUUAUUUGGGACCGAAAGACCCAGGGCGGCUUCCCUGAGCUCCGUGAGCUCAAGAACCGUGUUCGUGAUAAAAUCGCUCCGACGCAGCACUUGGGCCACUCGGAGCUCGCUUCACGCGGAUCAUCGUAUGGGUAG